AUGGCAACAGAUUCUCCAUCUCUCCCAAGCUCACUUAAGCCUGAUGUUGAUAGCUUAAGCGAACCUUAUAGUAGCAACAAUAUGAAAGAUUCAAAGGCCAGCAAUGACAAUAACAAUAUGGAAGUGUCCGUUACAACAGCUCAUCAAGUGUCUGAAAGUGCGAAACCUGAUCAUGAACCUUUUGCUCCUAUUCUUACACCUAUUAAGACAGAAGCAUCGCCUGUAAAUGCAGUAAGACAAAAGUCCCCUACACCUCCACCACCUAAAUUACCUCUAUUACAGUCUCCAACGGUAACUUCCGCUUCCCUAAACAAAAAAGCGUCUUCAGCAGAACCACCAUUCGCUGCGGCUAAUGUAGCAACAAAUAUGACUAUUCCCUCUACGCCCAGAACUACAUUUGCGCCAGAUACAAAUCCCCCACCACCGGCGGCCAAGAAUACUUCACCUAAUGGCUAUCGACCUCUAAAUGUAAAAGAUGCGUUGACAUAUUUAGAUCAAGUCAAAAUCAAAUUUUCAGAACAACCCGAAGUCUACAACAGGUUUUUGGAUAUCAUGAAAGAAUUCAAAAGUCAAGCUAUUGAUACACCAGGUGUGAUUGAACGCGUUUCUACACUAUUUAAAGGGCAUCCCAGUUUGAUUUCUGGUUUCAACACUUUUUUACCUCCUGGUUAUCGCAUUGAAUGCUCCACUGAUGGUCAGUCAAGAGAUGUCAUUCGAGUAACAACGCCUAGUGGAACCACCACUAGUACAACUCAUGGUGAGCCUCUUAAUUUGCAUUCAAGUUCAAUGAAUAUAGCAGCAGAAGACUUUUAUACUUCACAGAGAUCAAGUAAUAGACCGCCAUCCACUUACAACCAUGGUUAUCAUGAGUCCUUACCUCCCAUCUCUACGUAUCACCAUCCAACUCAUGCUACAAAAUUGAAUCCUUCGUCGUCAUCGCCGCCAUCUUUUAUACCAUCGCAGCCUACAGCUCUUGGGCGGCCAUUUUCUCCACCCCCUCCACCGUCUUCAGCUAGUGAUAAUAACGCACUUCAUGGAAGUCGUCGUUCACCUGUAGAGUUCAACCAAGCUAUCAAUUAUGUGAACAAGAUUAAAAACCGUUUUGCUAAUGAACCCGACACAUAUAAACAAUUCUUGGAAAUUCUACAGACAUACCAAAAGGAACAAAGACCUAUCCAAGAAGUCUAUGCUCAAGUACGUGUCUUAUUCAAUGGAGCUGAGGAUUUAUUGACAGAAUUUAAGCAAUUUUUGCCAGAUACAACGACACAACAACCCGUCAUGGGCGAUGGUGGUUUAGUAUCUUCAAAAGCGACGGCGACUUCUGCUGCUCCUACUACGAAAUACAAAAAGCGAACCCUAUCUGGAUUACCUCGACAGAGAAGAAAGAAUAAAUACGAACUUUCGGAAGUUCGAUCUUCUUCUGUUAGGGACGGAGGAGUGGAUUUAUCUACACCAUUGGAAGACGUUACUGCAUCGUCAGCAGUAAUAAAACCUAUUAUUACGGCUAUUGAAGUUGAAUUCUUUGAACGUGUGAGAAAGUACUUCGGAAGCAAGUCGACCUAUCAAUCGUUUUUACGUCUCUUGAAUCUGUUUAGUCAGCAGAUGUUUGAUGCCAAUAUGUUGAUUGAUCGAUGCGAACCAUUUUUAGGCGGCAAUAAAGAAUUGUAUGAUCAGUUAAAGAAAUUGGUGGGAUAUGAUGGUAAAGAUAGGGUGAUCGAGAAUGUGCCGCUUCCUUUAAAGCAAGACUAUGUUUCGAGCUCUGCGUAUGGACCUAGUUAUAGAUCAGUUCCCAAAGCGUGGCAAGCACAAAAUUGUUCUGGUCGAGAUGCAUUAUGCUGGGAAGUACUGAAUGAUGAAUUUGUAUCGCAUCCUACAUGGGCCAGUGAGGAUAGUGGGUUUAUUGCUUCUAAGAAAAAUAUAUAUGAGGAAGCUUUACAUCGAGUAGAAGAUGAGCGCUACAGCUACGAUAUGGAUAUCGAAGCCAAUUUGAAUACAAUCACUUUAUUGGAACCUAUCGCUAAGAAACUAGCCUCGAUGACAGACGCUGAAAGAGUUAAUUUUAAGCUUUCGCCUGGCAUAGGUGGCCCUUCUAAGUGCAUUUAUCAACGUACCAUCAAGAAGAUAUAUGGGAGAGAGCAAGGACGAGAAAUUAUUGAUAUGCUUCACAAUCAUCCUGCUCAAACAGUACCUGUCAUUUUGAAACGUUUAAAGCAAAAGGAUGAAGAGUGGAGAAAGUCACAGCGUGAAUGGAAUAAGGUUUGGAGAGAGGUAGAAGUCAAGAACUAUUACAAAGCACUCGAUUAUCGAGGCGUUAUCUUUAAAACAAAAGACAGAAAGACGACAUCCGUUAAGUAUCUUGUCAAUCAAAUCGAGGCCAUCCGUUUGGAUCAGAUCACUCCUGAGAACUUUGCUGUCAGCGAACCUCAACUGUGUUUCAAGUUCAAAAGCAGGAGGAUUUUUAAAGACGUGACUCGUGUACUGUAUAGGUUCUUCGACAGACAAACCUUGUAUGGCCACGAUGAUUGUGAAAUAAUGAAAGCAUUUAUAGAAAUGUUUUUGCCUGUUUUCUUUGACGUGCCCGAUGUUCUGCCUGAAACGGACUUACACAACUGCAAUAGUGAUAAUCUGAUGGAAGAUGAUACAACGGAUAUGGAAGAUGACGUGGCAAUGGAUGAUGAUGUUAAUAAGAAUAAUAAUGACAAUGACGAUGAUGAUAAUGAUACCCAGAAUUCUUACGAUUCUUCUACAGAUACCACACGUUCCACAAGACGCACCAACAACUAUUCACGCAGAAAUAAUGGCAGGAGAUCGCCUCGUCAUCGAACAAACGAUGAAGACCAUCCUCGACUUUUAAAAGACGUUUUAAAGAAGAGCGUUAAUUCAACUACACAGCCAAGAUCAGCAGAGACAAAAUCUCAGCCUUUCCAAAUACCACCAGCAGAUGAUGAUGAAGAGGAUAUGGUUGAUAAAGGCCAAGCAUCAAAAGAAAGGAAGAUACAUAAUCUGUUUGGCAAUACAACAUUCUAUUGCUUUUUCCGACUAUUUCAGAUUUGCUAUGAGCGUCUAUACAAAUUCAGACGGUUGGAUAGAGACUAUAGACUCAAUGGUGAUAAAACUAAAGCAAAAAACAAAGCAGCACUGCAGCUGAACACUCCGUCAGUCGUAUUUAACGGCGUUGAGAUUGAUUUCAGAAACGGAUAUUAUAGAGCGUUGUUGAAGCUCGUUGAUCAGUUUUUCGAUGAUGAAUUUGAUCAAUAUGUAUUUGAAGAAUGUGUACGAUAUAUAUAUGGAACGGAAGCUUAUGAAAUAUUUACUAUUGAUAAAUUGAUGUUAGCCAUUAUACGACAGCUCUACUGUAUAGUUACUGACCCUGAAGCACAGGAAAUUUUGUCCUUCUUCAAGAAAAACCAUGAACAUGAAAUCAACGAGUCUCAGUUGACACAAGCUUACAGAUUAGAAGUGACAGAAGUUUUAAAGCAAGAAGAUAACUUGUACAAUUUAGCUUUUGAUACAAGGGAUAGAACCUUGUCCAUUCAAUUAUUAGAAAAACACGAUAAAACAUUUGAAUUAUACGGACUUGAAGAUUAUACCAACUAUGUCGAUAACUAUACCAAUUGGGACAAUGAGACGCCCGGUGUCGAUAGAAAAGGAAUGCUACAGCAAUACUUGAAGAGAAAUCUGAAAAGAAAUUCAACUAAAUCUGAAAAUGUUUAUGUCAACUCGAACCUACAAUACAAAAUAUGCAGGAACACAUAUCAUAUGUUUUACGUCGUAGGGACGGAAGAUGUAUUUACGAACAAUACAUUUGAAGUUGAAGGAACUGAGGAUAAGUCAAUGCGAAAUGAUGCCUUUAAAGCGUGGCUCAAUCGAAAGAUGGAAACAUAUAAUCAGUCCGUCGAAGAAUUACGACAAAAGUUUCAAUAG